AGUGGUCGUCCAAACGGCUCAAGCUCGCCACCGUCCACAGCCGAGAGAAGUCCCCGUGACCGGCUGGAUGGUGUCCUUGGAGCUGGCGCGGGUGGCCGAAAGGGCCGAAAGAUAUGAUGAUAUGGCGGAUUACAUGCAGGCGCGUGUCACGGAAGGCCACCCACUCGACACCGAGGAGCGAGAUAUGCUCUCGGCCGCCUUUAAGAACGCCCUGACGGAGCGACGCAUGGCGGUGCGCAUUGCCGUGCAGGUGCAUGCACAGGAGCUGGAGGAAGGACGGGUGGAACAGGCCAAUUUGGCGGAUGGCUAUAAGACCCGGGUGGAGAAUGAAUUGCAGUCAAUUUGCAAGAAGGUCUUGCAACUCCUGGAAACCGUGUUGCUGCCAAAUGCAGAGCCAGGGGAAGCAAAGACCUUUUAUUUGAAGAUGCAGGGAGACUACUGCCGUUACAUGGCCGAGUUCACCUUCGCGGAGACCUUCCAGCGCUACAGUGCCGAGGCGCAAAGCGCCUACGCCAGCGGCAUGGCGGAGGCAGAGCUGCUGCAUCAGGUGCACCCGGUGCGAUUGGGCCUGGCUUUGAACUUCUCAGUCUUCCAGCACGAGGUGUUGCGGAACACAUCACAGGCCAUUGCGAUUGCCACAUCCACACUGGAAAGCGCCAGUCGGCAUUUGGAUGAAGUGCCAGAAGAGACCAGGAGUGAUGCCUAUCUGACUCUGCAGUUACUUCAAGACAACACGCAGCUAUGGACUUCAGGGCUCGACGCCUGAGCCACCGGAGCGCGGCGGGAGUUGUUUCAAGGACCAAAACUUGUUGGGUUAAAUGUGCCGAACCAAUUCGAUCUGAGUCUCACGGCAGGAUGCAGGGAAAGUGGCAGAAA